UAGCUGCAGUAGCUGGAGCUGGAGCAAUCCAAAGCCAGGAGCCAGGAGCUUCUUCCAGGUCUGCCACAUGUGUAGAGGGGCCCAAGCAUUUGGGCCAUCCUCUAGUGCUUUCCCAGGCCAUUAGCAGAGAGCCAGCACUGCAGACAGAAGGCUUAACCUUCUAUACCACAGUGCCGGCCUUUCCUUUUGAUUUUUUAAUUUAUUAAUUUGAGAGAAGGAGAAACAGAGCAGCGGAGGGAGAGAAAGAGAGCAAGAGAGAAACAGCAAGCACUGCCAUGCACUGUUCACUCCCCAAAUGCCUGCAAGGGCUCUGUCUGAGCCAGGGAGGGACCCAGGAGCUGGGAAUGCAGUCCAGGUCUCCCAGGUGGGUGACAGGAUCCCAACUACCUGAGCUGUCACUGCUGCCUCCCGGGGCUGGCAUUGUUGGGGAGCUGGAGCUAGGAGCCAGAGCCGUCCAACCCAAGCACUCCAGUGUGGGAUGCAGGAUAAACAUCCAGGCCCCAGAUGAGUGUUCAUAACUCCUGCUGGCCGCCCAGAGCAGUGAACCCAGAGCCUCGAGGGAUGGCCACGCUUUCAUUGCCAAGGCUCCCCAAAGUACAGCCAAAGUUGAGAACCACUGUGCUGGAAGCAUCCUGGUUGGGGCUGGUGGGUUUUGGUGGGGGGCAUCAGCAAAUGCCCUCAGGAGAGGUCUUCCCCUCCUCCAUAGCCUUUGGAGCCUGCCCCAGCCUGAAAAUGCUGAAUGAUUUGAGGCAGGAAACCGAAGGCAACCUCAGGACCACAGCUGGAGAAGCCAAGGCAGUGGGGAAGGGGCCGUCUCUGUCUCUCCAGCUCCCGUAGACCUGUACCUCCCCUCCUGGGUCUUGGUGUCCCACUUCUAAGUGUGGGGGUCGCAUCAUCCUGCUCUCAUUCCCACCCUCAGUCUCCCUCCGGCAGCCCCAGAGGGAUCUAGGGGAGCCCCUAGGAUGCAGGGGGCUCUGGUGGCCCGUGCAGCUGGGCCCUGUGCAGUACUGGGGCACGGAGUGAGGAAAGAGCGAGUUUGCCCACCCGCCCCCGGCCCCCACCCUGCUCCAGUGCAGACUCAGGAUUGGCCGCUGCCCUCUCCCCAGCUUGGCUUCUGGGUUUGAGCCCGGAGCCUGUGGUUUUGUUCAGUUCCAACUGUGAUCCCCAGAAAGCAGGCAAGAGAGUGCAGUGACUUCAUGUCCUCAGGGGAAACAGCUGCACAGGAAAAGAGCCCGGAGGUGGUUUCUCAACCCAAACAAGCAGGAGUGGACCCAGGCUAAGGGCCCGGGGCACUCUCUGACUUGGAGAAAGUGGUCCUGGCUACAUUACUCACAGAUGGCUCUCUGAUUGCUCAAGAAGCUGUCCCAGGCCACGGGACUCACCCUGUGACCUGCUGUCCACACGAGGCUAUCCAGCUCACUGUCUUCCCACUCCUGGGUAGCCUCUGUCCCAGGCUGACCGGGCCUGCACCUGGCCCUAAAGGAGAAGGGGAUCAGCCUGUCACUCAGUGGUGUUUCUUGGAGCUGCCGGUGGAGCCUGGAUUCCUCUCGGCCUUCGACAGCCUGGGCGCAGGGCUGGGAGCGCUAGAGGGGGCCGCCUAAGCGAUACAGUGCAGGGCUGAGGGGAAGUGCUAGCGACUCCUGCUGCUGGGCUGCAGUACUGAGCCACACAGCACUGAGGCACACGGGGCACAGGCUGCAGAGGCAAAGGCACAGGGACACACAGGAGCAGGAGCAGAGGCUGCAUGUGCAACGUCCCUGAGGCACAGGCUGCGUAUGGUCGUGUGAGAUGGGUCAGAGGGGCAGACACGGGUGGGACCAUGCAAGGACCUGAACGCUACAUCAUGGUACCCACUCAUCCCCCUGGGGAGUAGCUGAGGGCCAGAAGAAGUUGAGGAAGCUUUGCCUCCUGUGUUUUCCCAUCAACCUGGCCAAGGGGCUCACCACAUCCUCCUUACCCCCAACCCUCCCCUCCACUGCAUCGUCCAGACUCUCGUUCCCAACAAGGCUGCUGCUGAGCUCUGCCUGGGGCCUCUCAUCCCCUGCAGGGGCUGGCGCUGGGUGUGCUUCAGUGGCCACGCGGGAACCAGCGGAUGGGGGGCAUUCUGAGGGUCGCAGAGGGCUAGACCAGCGAGGUGAUCGCUCGAGCCCGUCUCCGCCAGCUGCCAAGAGGGUCCCGUAGUUGUUAGGCCCAAGCAACCCGCCCUGGCCUCAGAUGCCUAAGGGAGCACUCGGGUGACCACGAGAGGCACAGUGGUGGUGGUAGGGGGGCACCGUCCAGGCCCACCGGGAGCUCUCAGGCCAGGGACUGUUAAAGAGUGCUCAGAACCGGAGCCUUUCGAGAAACUGGCACCACAGAAAAGCAAGAGCCACACCUGGGUUCAGAUGCCACCCAGUGCCAGGUAACUGAGGGCAAGUGAUUCAGCAGUGCUGUGCCUCGGAGUCCCCCUGGGAAAGUCGUUCUACCAGCACCUGCCGCAGAGGUCUGAGGCUUCAGUGAGCUAUGGGCUGGAAGCAGCAACCUCAGCGCCGGACACACACAGUGGGUGCCUCCUAAGUCACGGACACUGAGGCUGCAUUCGUCGGGCAAUUUUUAGGCUCUUACUGCCGGACCCUACAAAAGCCCCCGUAUACACCCCUGAGAAUCAUGCUUGUGUGAAACAGAUCCGUGUCAAUCGGGAGAUUCGCUAUCCAAGGCAGGGAAUGGUUUUUGAGAGCCUACUGUGUGCAGGGUCCUGAAGUGCUUCACACUCGCUGUUCCUGCUGUCUUCUUACUAAGGAGGCAUAAACAGUGAAUAUUCCUAACAGGCAUCUUCCCGCUGGGCCCCUGCCCUGAGGAUCCAGCGCCUGCUGGCUCCUGACACACCUGUCUUUCAACACUUAGACAGUGAGCCCCCACCCCCACCCCUCGCAAGAGCGCUCUCCCACUGGGGACUUGGCAGGGCGCAGGGCUGGGCGCCUCUGGCCUCCAGAAUUCUCCAAGCCGGCUUACACUCCCCGAAACAGGCCCUCCCUACACGACUCGAGCCUGAGGACAACCCAGGACAGGGACCACUGCCCUCGGCUCCCUCUCGGCCCCGCCCCUGCACGCCAGGCUCAGCGCCGAGCCGACCAAGCCGCGUGCGCCCCUGCUGGGCGGAGCGGCUGCCGGCCUGCCCCGCCCUGGCCCAGUGAUUGAUCGGCAGUGACUCCCGAGGCUUUCAUGGUCCGCUUGGAUGGGAAUUAAUUCUGUGAUGGAUAAAUAAUGUAUCGAGCUGUGCGUAGUCCGAGGCAAGCCGUCCGUCCGGAGCCAGGAGAGGGAGCCGAGCGCGCGGGGCGCGAGGGGCGCCCGGGUGAGAGGAAGAGAAAGGCGAGUGCAUGACAGCAUGAUUGGCCCCGCGAGUCCGGCUAGGCGGUUGCAGAAACAUGCUGAGCCCAAAGAUCAGGCAGGCCCGGAGGGCCCGCUCCAAAAGCCUGGUGAUGGGGGAGCAGAGCCGGAGCCCCGGGCGCCCGCCGUGCCCCCACAAGUCGGGCCCUGUGCUGAAGGCGGGCUGGCUGAAGAAGCAGAGGAGCAUCAUGAAGAACUGGCAGCAGCGCUGGUUUGUGCUGCGCGGGGACCAGCUUUUCUACUACAAGGACAAAGAUGAGACCAAGCCCCAGGGAUUUAUUUCCCUACAAGGGACCCAGGUGACGGAACUUCUUCCUGGCCCCGAGGACCCAGGAAAACACCUCUUCGAGAUCAGCCCAGGUGGCACCGGCGAGCGGGAGAAGGUGCCGGCCAACCCCGAGGCGCUGCUGCUCAUGGCCAGCUCGCAGCGGGACAUGGAGGACUGGGUGCAGGCCAUCCGCCGGGUCAUCUGGGCCCCGCUGGGCGGAGGUACUGCCCGUAGCUCGCGUGCCCACCCUCUAGCACCCUUGUCUCCAGGGAUCUUCGGGCAGCGCCUGGAGGACACGGUCCACCACGAGCGGAAGUAUGGCCCCCGCCUGGCCCCCUUGCUGGUGGAGCAGUGUGUGGACUUCAUCCGGGAGCGCGGGCUCUCCGAGGAGGGCCUCUUCCGCAUGCCUGGCCAGGCCAACCUGGUGAGGGACCUGCAGGACUCCUUCGACUGCGGGGAGAAGCCGCUGUUUGACAGCACGACGGACGUGCACACGGUGGCCUCCCUGCUGAAACUCUACCUGCGGGAGCUCCCCGAGCCCGUGGUCCCCUUCGCCAGGUACGAGGACUUCCUCAGCUGCGCCCAGCUGCUCACCAAGGAUGAGGGGGAGGGGACUCUGGAGCUGGCUAAACAAGUGAGCAGCCUUCCGCAGGCCAACUACAACCUGCUCAGAUACAUCUGCAGGUUUCUGGAUGAGGUACAGGCCCACUCCGAUGUCAACAAGAUGAGCGUCCAGAACCUGGCCACUGUCUUUGGACCCAACAUCCUGCGGCCACAGGUGGAAGACCCAGUGACCAUCAUGGAAGGCACGUCCCUGGUCCAGCACCUCAUGACUGUCCUCAUCCGCAAGCACAGCCAGCUCUUCGCCGCCAAGGCCCCGGAAGGGCCCACCUCCCCGCGCGGCGGCUCCCAGUGCACUGUGGGCUGGGGCUCUGAGGAGGCCCCACGGGCCAGCCAGGGGGAGCCCAGCGGCCCCAGCCCGCCAGCGCACAGGACCUCCUCCCUGGACGGGCCCGCGGCUGCUGCGCUGGCCAGGACGUCCGCUGCGGGCGCCGGCGGCCCAGGGAGCCGGCUGCAGGCUCUGCCCGGCUGGAAGGCUUCCCUCCGGCCCGGAAGCUCAUCUCCGGAGGUGCCCAUCGUGUCCUCGGGCGGGGGCUGGCUCAGGAACGGGCUGUCCUCCCUGCGUGGCCACCGCCGGGCCUCCUCGGGGGACCGGCUCAAGGACGCGGGCUCCGCGCAGAGACUGUCCACCUAUGACAACGUGCCGGCGCCCAGCCCCCUGCCCGGCACAGCCAGCGAGGCCAGCACCGCCUGGUCCGCGGCCUCGUCCUCCCGCGAGGCUUCGCUCAGCAGCUGCACGGCCUGCAGGGCCAGCGACUCAUCCGCCUGCAGCUCCCUGCACACCGAGUGGGCCCUCGAGCCGUCCCCGCUGCCCAGCAGCAGUGACGAACGCAGGUCCCCAGAGCCGGGCCGCGGCCUGGACGAGGUGGGCACGGGCGGCGUCUCCGGCAGUGAGCCCAGCGACCCGGGCAGCCCCUCCCAGGCCCACGGCCGCCGCGGCCGGGCUCUUCAGGACCUGGUCUCCGAGCUCAGGGCAGAGCUGUGCCGGCAGAGGACUGAGUAUGAGAGCAGCCUGCACAGGAUUGAAGAGGGCAGCGCCGACCUGAGGCGGCAGCUGGCGCGCCUGGAGGAGGAGCUGGCCCAGGAGAAGCAGCGGCGCAGCAUGCUGGAGAUCAAGCUGCGCAACUCGGAGCGCGCCCGCGAGGACGCCGAGCGCCGCAACCGGCUGCUGCAGCGCGAGAUGGAGGAGUUCUUCUCCACCCUGGGGAGCCUGACCGGGGCCCCCGCGCCCAAGCAGGAGUGACGGCGAGCGCCCCGCUGGGCCGGGCCGGGCGAGGAGCCAGGAACGCAGCAGCUCACUCGCAGGCUGGGGGCUGCGGCGCCCACUCAUCCAGGCAGGGCCUGGUGGGUGGCGGAGGGGCCGCUGCCAAGAGCACCCUAGGCCCCUCCCCCAGGAAGCCCUCCGCAAGUGUAUUAAAUUUGCCCUGGAAGCACGA